AUGACUUCAAAACGAAAAGCGUCGGCAAUGACUGCGGCCGCGGCCGAAGAACCAGUCGAUCCUUCCGACGAACUCAUGUUUCUUUGCCUUGGUGGCGGUAACGAAGUCGGCCGAUCAUGCCACAUUAUUCAAUACAAGGGAAAAACAGUCAUGCUCGACGCAGGUCAACACCCUGCGUACGAUGGCCUUGCAGCUCUCCCUUUCUACGAUGAUUUCGAUCUCAGCACCGUCGAUGUGCUCCUCAUCAGCCAUUUCCACGUCGACCAUGCUGCCUCACUGCCUUACGUCCUCGCCAAGACAAACUUUCGCGGCCGCGUCUUCAUGACGCAUCCGACCAAGGCCAUCUACAAAUGGCUUAUCCAAGACAGCGUCCGAGUGGGCAACACGUCUUCAAAUUCCACGACGCAGCCGGUAUACACGGAGCAAGACCACCUGAAUACCUUUGCGCAAAUAGAGGCCAUCGACUACCACACCACCCACACCAUCUCUUCUAUCCGGAUCACCCCGUAUCCCGCCGGCCACGUGCUGGGCGCAGCCAUGUUCCUCAUCGAGAUUGCUGGGCUCAACAUCUUCUUCACCGGCGACUACUCUCGCGAGCAAGACCGGCACUUGGUCUCUGCCGAGGUCCCCAAGGACGUUAAAAUCGACGUCCUCAUUACCGAGUCGACGUACGGCAUCGCGUCUCACGUUCCUCGGCUGGAGCGCGAGCAAGCCCUGAUGAAAUCCAUCACGGGUAUUCUAAACAGAGGCGGCCGCGCGCUACUACCCGUCUUUGCACUCGGAAGGGCACAGGAGCUCCUCCUCAUCCUGGAUGAAUACUGGGGGAAGCACCCCGAGUUCCAAAAAUACCCCAUCUACUAUGCGAGCAAUCUCGCCAGAAAAUGCAUGGUUGUCUACCAAACAUACGUCGGCGCCAUGAACGACAACAUCAAGCGCCUCUUCCGAGAGCGCAUGGCCGAGGCCGAAGCCAGCGGAGACGGUGCUGGCCAAGGUGGACCGUGGGACUUCAAGUACAUCCGAUCGCUCAAAAACCUCGACCGCUUCGACGACGUCGGCGGCUGCGUCAUGCUCGCCAGUCCGGGUAUGCUUCAAAGCGGCGUGAGCAGAGAGCUCUUUGAGAGAUGGGCGCCCAGCGAGAAGAACGGCGUCAUCAUCACCGGUUACAGCGUCGAGGGGACAAUGGCCCGGCAAAUCAUGCAGGAGCCGGACCAGAUCCCGGCCGUCAUGUCUCGUAACCUCGCCGCAGGGCGGAGAGGACCCGGCGGAGAACCGGAGAGGGUGCUCAUCCCCCGGCGGUGCAGCGUCGCCGAGUACUCGUUUGCCGCACACGUCGAUGGCGUCGAGAACCGAGAGUUCAUCGAAGAGGUGGCCGCACCAAUUGUCAUCCUCGUCCACGGCGAGCAACACAACAUGAUGCGCCUCAAAUCCAAACUGCUCUCGCUCAACGCCUCCAAAACGACCAAGGUAAAAGUCUACUCGCCCCGCAACUGCGAAGAACUCCGCAUCCCCUUCAAAGCCGAUAAAAUGGCCAAGGUGGUUGGCAAACUCGCCUCGAUCCCGCCCCCUCAAGACGUCGACGUCGACAGCUCCUCGGCGCCCCUCGUCACCGGCGUCCUCGUCCAGAACGACUUCAAGCUCUCCCUCAUGGCCCCCGAAGACCUGCGCGAGUACGCAGGCCUCAACACAACCACCAUCACCUGCAAACAGCGCCUCACCCUCAGCGCCGCCGGCAUCGACCUCAUCAAGUGGGCGCUGGAGGGCACGUUUGGCGCCGUCGAAGAACUGCCCGAGAUGCGACGGGCCCAGAGGGCCAACGGCACCGGCACCGGCACCGGCGUCAAGAACAGCACGGGCACGGGAGACGAGGACGAGGACGACGAGGAAGAGUACAAGCCCGAAGAAGCAGCAGACGAGGAAGUCGCCGCCCUGGUGGCCGCAUACCUGGUCAUGGGCUGCGUGACCGUGCGGUACCGCACCAACGGCGAAGUCGAGCUCGAAUGGCAAGGCAACAUGCUCAACGACGGCAUCGCCGACUCCGUCAUGGCCGUCCUGUUCAGCGUCGAGUCGUCCCCCGCGGCCGUCAAACGCUCGUCGAAACUGCACUCCCACGCGCACGCGCACGAGUCCGCCGCCAACGGCAACGGGACGAACCCCCACGCCCACCCCUCGGCGGAGGACCGCCUCGAGCGGCUGCUCUGGUUCCUCGAGGCCCAGUUCGGCGCAGAUAACGUGGCGCCCGUCGAGACGCCCCGCCUCCCGCCGUCCCAAUCCCAGGAUGGAUCCAUGGACGUGGACGGCGACAGCACAGACCUGGAGGCGCGCGCAAAGGAGGAGAUUGAGCGCCUGCACAAGAUUGGGAUCCCCGUGCCAGGCGUCUCCAUCAAGGUGGACAAGAUGCUGGCCAUGGUCUGGCUGGAAGACCUCGAGGUGGAGUGUACGAAUAAGGUGUUUGCGGACAGGGUGAGGGCCGUGGUGGAGCGCGCCGUUGAGGUUUCGGCGCCGCUUUGGGGCUGA